AUGUCCUCAGAGCAGUGCCCUUCUCACCUGAGGAGGAACCCAGACCGGCGAGGGGCCCCUGAGCCCAGGAAGGCGAGCAGGCCGGCCGGGACCGCGAGUGCCUGGCGGAGUGGCAGUCCAGGGCCAAGGUUGGUGUUCAACCGUGUCAAUGGCCGGCGGCCCCUUGCCACUCCUCCAUCCUUGGAGGUACCCCAGGAGACUUACACGUUAGCACACGAGGAGAAUGUCCGCUUUGUGUCAGAAGCAUGGCAGCAGGUGGAGCAACAGCUGGAUGGCGGCCUGGCCGGUGAGAGUGGGCCAAGGCCUGUGCAGUAUGUGGAAAGGACCCCUGACCCCCGGCUGCAGAACUUUGUGCCCAUUGACCUGGAUGAAUGGUGGGCGCAGCAGUUCCUGGCUAGAAUCACCAACUGUUCCUAGCAGCUGCCCUGGGCGGAAUGCUGCCAUUGCAGACCUCUGCCAGAAGAGGCCUCCGGUGUCUGC